CUCAGAUCUCCAAAUAACCCACUCUGCAACCUUCAACCUAAAAAUUCCGCAGAAUCUUAUUCUGAUUCCAACAAUACCCUAGUCCUGAGCAACAUCAGCAAACACCAUGGAUAUGGAAGGAUUAUCCCUAAUCUGCGCCUCCCUAGGCACCGUCGAGGAGGAUGACCAAGGCAACCGUAUAGGCUACGUCAAGGGAGAAUACUGCCUCGAUAACCUGAAAGACUUGCUGAGGUUUCUGCGGCGCGACGACCCACAAACCCGUGACGCGUUCAAGCAGGUGUGCAAAUGGAACAAGGUUUCCAAGGAUUUGAUUCCGAUCAUUGAGUACUACCAGGAGGAUCGAAAUUUGCUUUUGAAUGCAGUGAAGGUUUUGGUGUUCCUUACAAUGCCAAUAGAACCAGGUUCCACGGAUAUUCAGCAGCAGCUUGAGUAUCUGUGGGGAUUGAAGUCUGCACUGACGAGUAGUGAUGUAGUUGCUGUGGUAGUGUCAUUUCUAGAAAGACCACUCGAGAAUUUGGAACAUGAUGCAUUCACUGAGGAUGAUUGGAAAUUGGUACAGCUACUGCUAACAUUAUUUAGAAAUAUCCUGGCUGUACAGGAAAUCCCAUUGCAACAGAGUUCAGCGGGAUUUGCUACUGAGUUCUUAUCAGUGAGAGAUAAGUUUUUGGAACUGUUGUUCCGUGAAAAUGUAAUGGAUAUACUAUUGGUUAUAUCUCAAUACGUCGGUGGCUCCAGCGUUUAUCUCCAGCAGGAUAACUUGCUUCUACUGGAAAUUUUCCAUUACAUAUUCUUCGGUCAGGAUCCAGUGUUGAUUGUUAAGACACAUUUACAUGGAGCAAAGGUGGAGGAAAACUCCCAAGCUUCUCUUAGCAGUCUCCAGUCCAUUAUGGAGGAGGAAAAGAAGAAAAAAAGUAUUUGUAGUCUCAACAAUUUUAGUAGGCAUUCUCAAUUUAGUGGGACAUUUUCAAGGCUUACCAUGGAUGGUUCUAAGGCAGUACUUAAAGGAAAUCCUAAUUCUUCUCUUAAUGUAAUGCUUAAAUCAAAAAACAUCACGCGAGCACAUGCCAAAAAAAUUGCAUGGGACCAUCCAAGGUUUCCUCCAACAAAGGAUAAGAUAUUGGAGUUGCUUCAAGCAUUUAUUAGUCAGUUCCUUUCUGGGGGAUACAAUGUUUUGAUGCGGUCUAUUCGUGAGGAUAUUGAAAAGGAGCAUCCUGCAAUUCAAAAAAGUGACGUUGUUGUUUUCUUUCAAGUGGCUGAAUUUGUCACUUCAUUUCAGUUUCACAAGUAUUCAGCUUCUAAGAGUAAGGAGGGAGGGGAUACAUUUGAGACAUUGGGCGACAAAGAUGUUUAUUCCUCAGAUUUCAACGGUCAAAUAUGUGGUCCAAUUGCAGCAUCCUUGAAUGAGGCAAUGUUUCAAUUAGUGAUCUCAAAGUGGCGCCAAGCCUAUGAAGGUUUGAAGGAAACAAAUGACUACAAGUUCCUAUCUGCAGCUGGUUCGCUUUUGAAAAACAUGAUUCGCAUGCUUGAUUUGGUACUUAAAUUAUUUCCAGAAGACUCCAAGGAGCCACAAACAGCUCGCAUCCUUCUUUACAAGUUAUUUUAUGAUCAGACUGAGGAAGGGAUGACUCGGUUCCUCUUGAAUUUGAUCAAAACUUUUGACAACCACAAACAACCCAAAAGUGAUCUUGCAGAUCUGGUGGAAAUCAUUCACAAGGUUGUAAAGCUAAUGGAUAAUCUCCAAUCUCGGGGAGCAUUGAGGGUGUCUAAAAAAUCAAAGAAAAUAAGAAAGAAGAAACUUCCUGAAGUAAUAGAAUCAGCAGACAAACAAAUUGAAGAGCAUUCUAGCAUGCAAAAUGAGGAUGGCAUCUGUAUUGGUAAUGAAUCAGCUGAAAGUCAGCCACUGCAAAAGGACAACCCAUCAAAUGCAAAUCCCCCUGGUGAAGAAGGCAUUGUUGUCCCUGAUGAUAGUGAACAUGAAAAUGUUGUUGAGGAGUUUGGGAACUUGGAUAGUCUGGAGCCAACAGAAAACAAGAAUCCCAAGCAUGCUAAUGAGGACGAGUUGGAUGAAAACGUUGAUUCUUCUGACGAAGAGCAAUUAAAUACAAUUUGUGAAGUCGAUUUCAAGGUCUCAACACUGGUCGCUACUUUUGCAAAUCACAAUAUUAUUCAGAAAUUAUGCUGGCUGCUGAAGUUUUAUAAGAGCAAUUCUCUUGCGACAAAUCAUUACAUAAUAAGCAUGUUGCGAAGAAUUAGCGAUGACCUUGAACUCCAUGCAAUGUUCUACCAGUUGUCGCUGCUCACAACUUUUUAUGACAUCCUGGUUGAACAAAAAUCAUGCCCCUGCAAUGAAUAUGCAGAUAUAGUUGAUUUCCUGAAUAGUUUGGUCAGAAAAAUGCUAAAGAAAAUGAAAAAGCAACCACUACUGUUUGUUGAAAUCCUUUUUUGGAAGACCCGACGGGAAUGCCACUACAUCAAUGCUGAAUACUUACUGGAUGAGCUUGGUCAUUUGAGGAAAGAAAGUAGAAACUGGGGUAGUACUCAAGGAGAUGGAGAAGUUGGUUCAUCCGCUGCAAAAGUAUGGACUCGUAGAAGUAUAGCUGAUGCACUUGGUGACGAUGAAGCUGAUGUUCUGAUCACUCAUGAGUUCGGAUAUCAAAACAACGAAGAAAUGCUUGACGAUGUUAUUGAAGGCUUUGUUUCUACCUUUGGCAGUAAGGAUGGCAAGGAUGAUAAUAGUGAGGAGAAAAUGUUGGAAGAUGAAUCUCAAAUAGCUCCAAGGAGAAAGAAAAAACUUAUUCUUGAUGGUGAAUUGGAAGAACAAAUCAAAGAGCUCUUUCAGAAAUUUAAAGAUGAUCCACAAUGCAGUUGUCGUAUUGCCGAAGCACUAGAUCAACAUGGAAAAAUCUCAGCGGCUCAAAUUUUCAAUAAGUUGAAAAAAUUAGGACUAAAAGUUAGGCCUAAGAGAAAGAUGCGCAAUUCUGAUGAACCCUCUUCAACCAGGCCUAAUGUCCAGAAAAGAAAAAGAGUCCAUGCUUUUAGUGAAGAUCAAGAAGCUCAAAUCAGAGUUUUAUAUGAACAAUUUAAAGAUCACAGAAGAUGUAGUUUCAUGAUAGCCAAUUCACUGGAUUUGGCUGGUAAAUUCACACCUGCUCAAGUCUCUCGAAAACUUAAACAGCUUGGCUUGUCUUUUCCUCAGAAGAAGAGCUCUGGAGGAGAAAUGCUUGAAAAUGGUGCAGAUCUUGUGGAUGGUUCAAAAGAUAGAAUGGAGGAAUCUGAUGAUGAGAAAUUGAUAUCAUUGAUCCCAAGGAAAAAAAUGAAGAAUGUCAAAGUAUCAAUUGAGCAACUACAUGAACAGACUAGCAAGGAUAGUUUGUCAAAAGAUGAUUCCGAUGAUGAAAUGCUCAUCUCUGUUCGAAAAAAAAAAAUGAAGAAUGUCAAAGUAUCAAUUGAGCAACUACAUGAACAGACUAGCAAGGAUAGUUUGUCAAAAGAUGAUUCCGAUGAUGAAAUGCUCAGCUCUGUUCGAAAGAAAAAAAUGAAGAAUGUCAAAGUAUCAAUUGAGCAACUACAUGAACAGACUAGCAAGGAUAGUUUGUCAAAAGAUGAUUCCGAUGAUGAAAUGCUCAGCUCUGUUCGAAAGAAAAAAAUGAAGAUUGGCCAGGAAUGUAAUCAUGUGCUGCUGCCUAUGAAAACUAGAAGAUCCCUGCUUGCAUCAAAGCGCGAUGACCUUGAAUCUAUCCAAAUUGAGGAGAGAACAAUGGACAGCGAUUCUUCUCAUGGCGACUGUAAAGAUCUUUCGGAAAGUGGAGAGCGGGUAGAUUUAAUAAACUCGGACAAAGUAGAAUAUCAUCAAGUGGAUCCUGAAUUGGUGGAUUCGGAGGAUGAAGUUGUUGUUGGUGCACCUCCUGAUAAUACUGUAUCCAGAAGGAUGCUGAGAAUGGUGAUUGAUCAUGAGGAUGACGACUAAGGACAAUCACUGCUUCUUGCAGGUUAAUUAAUGUAUAUAAUAUUAUUAAUGAAAGGCCAUUUUAUUGCUCAUAUGUAUUUAGACAUGCGUGAUUAGCUCGAGCAGGGGAAAGCAUCUUGAAGUUCUUAGGAAAGUAGUUUGUUUUAUUUGUGGUAAAGUACAUUAGUACAGUAGAAUAUACGGUAGAUCAGGCAAUCUUUCUUAACUGAAAUAUGUAUUGGGAAACUGAGACUUGCUGCAUGCCAUUAUGUGCUUUGCUUUAGUUUACCUUCAACCUAAUCAAUUUGACAA